UAGCUCUGGUCAUCAUUGAAACCUCCCUGCCGCACGAACGUCGUUACGUCAUAUCCCGGACACGGAAGUGAGUUGCGGGCGGGCGGUCAGGACACAAAGUUCUCCUUAGAUGUAUACGUAGAUGUUGCUUUAAAUUAAAAGAACCUGAUGGAUGAUGACAUACUACAGAGGGCUGGCCGUCCGUAUCACUGAGGCCGGCACGCACUUCCUUACUCAUUCAGUCUUUGCUCGGCUGCCGAAGAGUCAACACACCCGCUACAACUGUCUGAAGUCUCCAAUAUGUUGCGGAAGGAGAUCUUCUGGUUUUCUAUAAAUGGGAUGGUGUCCCUUUUCAUAACCAUCAUAAAUGUAUUUAUUGAGGGAUUGAAGGAUGGUGGAUCAAAUUUACUCUGCUUUUUGAGGACAUUGAAUAUGCAUGAAGUGACCCUGAGGAUUCCCGUGCAAGAGACUGGGGAUGUUGGACUUAGUGUGGAGGACAGUCUCCAGCAAGAGUCCAAGCCGUCUUCAGUGGAUUCUGUGCAUUAUGUGACUAGUACUGGUUCCUCUGAGGUUCACAACAGUCCUCCUUCACAAGCCUGCAAAGAGACUCAGACCAACUUUGUGCCUGAGAAAAAUGAUCCAAAACCAGAGGUCAAGUACAAUGAGUUAGAGGACAUAACGCCUCCGGGGUCCUCAGAUAUUAUGGAUCAGCAGAAAACCCCCCCUGGAGAUGAAAGAAGAGAUGAGAAGAAACGAAGAAGGAAAAGGAAGAAGCGUCCAGUGAUACAGGGAAGAGAGAUGGUGUCACCUCUGGUUAUUAACCCCAAAACCCAAAGCCAAGAUCCUUCCCGCCUGUAUUCAACAAUGGCAUCCGAUAUUUUUUCAAAAUUGGCUGUGAGAGUGAUUUUCUUUGUUUUCCUUUUUGGUAUCAUACAAGGAGCACCUCGCCCCCUGACCUCCAUAAACACUCAUCCCACAGCUGUUAGUUCAUCAUCCACGACCAGACAAUGGAAAGUGCACAGCUUUGCUGUAAAAUCCAGUCUCUGUAAUGUGCACCUAUCUAUAAGAAAUGAUGAUUAUGUUGAUGCUGUCUGUAAAAUGCCACAAGCAAUCUGCUUCGAAGACAUAAUCUGCGGUGACAAUGAAUCUUGGGUCUCCUGGAUUAAUAGCACCUUUCUGCUUCUCUUCACAAAAAAUCAAUCCCAUCCUAACUUUCUGGAGUAUGGGUCACAAGAGGCUGCGACAUCAGUCUUUGAAGGUUCAUUCGACACUUUAGAAGAAGCUGUGGAGCACUCUGGUCGUAAGAAAAAAGCUCCUCAAAUUGCAAAAAUUACUAAAUUAGUGCAGAAUUCUACUCCGAAUUCUACUACGAAUUUGGCACCAAGAUGGGCAUCACUUUUGGCAACGAUACUGAUCCUAGCUGUCCUAUUAGGAAUUGGGAUAUUCUGGAAAAAUAUCAGAAAACUUCUAGAUAGAUUGAGUUUCAGGAUGUGCUUGACAAAUGCAAAUCCUCUUUCAGGCCGUCAAGCAGAGGAAAUGAUCUGAGAGAAUCAAAAAGAAUUAAGAAAACACUUACAGAAAACUUCUUGCCAUAGUGUUUAUAGAUAUGUAUUUCUUCCCACACACAAGAUACAUUUGAGCUCAUUUGCCAACUGCAACAUAUUUGGGGUUGUAUUACAGUACUUUGCUAAGUAUAUAAGUGCAUCACUUCAUGUGCAGAUGUAUAUAGCAUGCAGUGGAUGCAUGUUCAAUAUUUGAAAAGCCAAUUGUUUUUUUAUAUGGGUUGGGUACGAAAUUCUGGCAGUCAGAAUUGCGUACCCAACAGUAAGAAGACAGGCACCAGGGGUUGCAAGUGGAAAUGUGUGUCUUCACGGCUCAUCGCAUCAACAAUUGAAUUGGUCCGUUGGGUGCGAUCUACUGGUGGCCGUGGGGAAACACAAUUGAAUUUCCUCCAUUAUGUCCAAAGUGCAUCAUUCAGAUGAAUGUGACAGAACUGUUUAUUAUUCUGUACCCUUCUUAACUUAAACUAAUCUUCCCAGAGCAAAAUAAUGAAAGAAAACAAUAGAAUGUUACUAAAGAAAAAGCUCCCUAAGCAAUCUAUAAAUGGGUUAUAUAUUGUAAUCAAGGGUGUACGUACCAUAGGUGCAUGCAGUGCAGCUACUAUGGGGCCCAGAGCUGAGAGGGGCCACCUUCCCUGUCACAGUAACAUGUGUUAUAUACAUUUUUCGCCAUUGGGUGGUAUGUAGGGGUCCUUUCAAACUUUUUUUUGGGGCCUGCAAUAUAUCUAGGUAUGCACCUGGACCUGCUCAUUGUAGUGUGAUAUAAAAUGAACUGGAGGGCAUUAUAAUGUUAUAUAAAAUGAACCGGGCACUGUAAUGGAGCACAAUAUGAACGGGGAGCACUAUAGAUCAUAAUGUGAAUUGGGGGGUACUGUGCGGCAUAAUGUGUACUGGCAGCUCUGAAAUGUUACAUAGGGUGAACUUAAGCACUACUGCGAUUUAUAAAAGAAGCUAGGGCACUACUAUGGGGCAUAACAUUAAAUAAGGCUCUACCAUGGUACAGAAAUGAACUAGGGCACUAUUAUAGGGCAUAAAAUAACAACUGCUGCAGAGAAGUGUCUCUCUAGAAGCAUUGGGAUGGGGCCCCUUCAGAAUGUUGCUAUGGGGCCCACAACGUUCUGGCUACACGCCUGACUGUAAUGUAUAUUAAAGCAUUGAGGGAAAAAACAACCUUUAUUAUGUAGUGCUGCUGCCAAUCUUAUAAGUGUGAUCAUACUGAGAUCUGGUAAGGUAUAAAUAGGGAUCACAAUGGGAGUAAUCUGGAAUCUCUCCAAUGGACAGUGGAAUUCAUAUCAGUUCCCCGGUCGCUCUCUCAUUUAAAGGUCUUGAAACUCGUACUUACCUGGGUGGCUUGUACUUGUUUGAAACACUGUUUAAGCUAAGUGAAAAAAAAAAAUUAUACCACUUUAAUCAUUAUAUCUCUCCUAUCUGUUAUUAUUCCUUCCAGUGUCAGUGUUUCACGAUUGUGCAACCAAGCUGCGUUUAGGUGAAACUGGACCAUUCACUUUCUCCAUUGUGGAAAUCCCUGACGGGGGUUGGGGAAAGUGAAUGGUGAUGAUUGUGCCUGGUUUAAUGACUUAAUGGCCUGAUUGUGAGUCUGACGGAUCCCUGCACACGAGGCAUGCAACAGAUAAUUACAUAGAAAGGCGGAUACUGGCAUUAGUAUACAUCAGUAAGCUGGCUGCCGCACCCAAAUGGAGACGUGGCUGUAGAUGCAUUCAGCGCAGGAUCACGUAUUCAUCCUGCCAUUUGUCUGGAAACUGUUUCCAUCACAUAUACUAAAGCUCAUUUACCAACACUGCAAUUAUGUGGAAAACUUGCACUACACCCUGACAACCAAUCAGAUGUCUCCUUUUAAUUUGCAUCUUACACUAGUCCUAUAUCUAUCUAUCUAUAGAGCUGGAUUUAGACCAUGUUUUCUGACUGGCUGCUCAGGUUCCUGUCAGGAGGCGGAGCCUUUCAGGACCCCGGGCAGACAGCUAAAAGCUGCAAGAUGGCUGCCACCCGCCCGAGUCAGCAGCACUGCAACUUUAUAGUGUGUUUUUUUUCGUCAAUGAAUAUAUGACAUGAUGUAAAAUGAUAACGCUUAGCAGCUGUUUUUAAACCUUUGGUGGUGGUAAAAAUGUUUUAAGGUCUUUUUUACUUCUGUCUGC